AUUCAUACGCGAUAGCCCUCAUUGUAUAAAAGGUUUUCGCUGUCUGGAAACAAGAGCAGAGACUUUUGUCAUCAUUUGUCAAUCGUUAUGGCUAUUUAUUUAAUUUAAUGCUAAUAAUUAAACUUAAGUACUCAACAUUGGCUAAAUUGCGAAGAAGCCAUCACAGAAGACAUCUGAUCUAAAAUAAAUUGAUCUUCUAAAUAAAAUAAUGUUCUCCUGCUCUUUUAAGUUCACUGUGAAUAGAUGUGCACAUAAUAGUUUCACUUUUAUUAAGAAAUCACAAAGAUACUACAAAGUGGUGGUUACUGGCGCCACCGGAGGAGUUGGCCAGCCUUUAGCACUGCUCCUCAAAAUGAACCCCCUGGUCACCAAGUUAGCCUUGUUUGACGUCACGGCUUCCACUCCAGGCAUCAGUGAGGAUGUCGCGCACAUUGACUCCCUGGCCAAAGUCACUUGUCACGUUGGAUCUAACGAAGUUGUGGCGGCUAUUAAGGGUGCGGAUGUCGUCAUACAUGCAGCAAGUGUGUCGCGAAAAUCAGGCCCUAGCGCGUUCGAUAUUAACGCACGUAUUGCACGUGACUUGGCCAUCUACACCGCACAAAACGCGCCCAAGGCUAUGUCGGUCAUUAUUUCAAGUCCCAUCAAUUCCUUGGUGCCCAUAGUGUCCGAAGUCAUGAAAAAAGUUAGUCAUCACUUGAAACAUACGUUAGCGGACGUGUACGACGCUGGGCGCAUUUUUGGCGUUACAACACUGGACGUGAUCCGAGCUUCCGUUUUCGUAGCCGAGACCUUCGAUUUGGACCCGCGCACUGUGUCUGUCCCAGUAAUAGGAGGUGGCUCUACUAACACAAUCAUCCCCGUGUUUAGCCAAUGCAAGCCUCCCAUCGAUUUCCGCGACCAGGAACAAAUAAAAGCUCUCACAAUAAGAGUUCGAGAGGCUGGUGAUAAGAUGGCGAUAUCCAAGGCUGGCACCGGCUUGGCGACACUGUCGCUGGCAUACGCGACUGCUCGUUUAGUUGACUCCAUUCUUCGAGGAAUAAAGGGCCAGCCUGACAUUAUUGAGUGUGCAUACGUAAGAAGCGAUGUAGCUGAUCUCAAAUACUUCUCCAACCCGGUAUUGUUGGGCCAAAAUGGAAUCUGUUGGAACCUAGGCUAUGGAAAACUCAGUGAGUUCGAGCAAAAACUCUUGGAAGACGCUGUGCCUGAACUGCGGCAAGAUAUUGAAAGAGGAGAAAAAUUCAUUGAAACAGAAAAAAUGCAAUUGUUUUAUUAGUCUAAGUUGUCCAAAUUUUAUACUGUAAAAUAUUAAUAUUCAAUAUAACAUCUAUAAACACAUAUAUUUUUGAAAAUUAACCUCGUGUAAAAAGUAUACCCUCCCUAUGCUAGGCCUGGGUCGAACAUCGCUCGCUACCUCCUUAAAUGCGGCGUCAGUCAUCAGAUAAAGCUUCUGGCCGUAAGCAUCCCCCACUGUGUGUUUUAAUCAGUAAAGAGUCUGACAGAGACAACUCUACAGCCGGCUUAUGGGUAUCCAUGAGGAUUUCACACCCCCCGCUCACCCGCCGGGUUUCUUCCAGGGCGGAAAGACGGAAAGAAGGAAAGACGGCGCGCACUUUUACUACAAGUCCUCGGAUUAGUGAAUGUUCGUUGUUAUUUUUAAAUAAAUUAAAAACAAUAAACUUUUUUAUAUCGAGCUUAUAUUUAGUGCGCUUAAAAGAAUGAAAUAAAAAUAUCCUUUAAAACUUUUAUUACCAACUUAUAAGGUCAUUACACAAUUUACAUAAUAUAAAAGUUUGAUGCCAUAUUUUUUUGACUUUGGUUUUUUUUUCUACACAACUGGAGAAUUACUGGAAUUUUUAAAAUAUACGCUAUUCCGGUCAAGUGAACGUGAGAACUUUUAUUACAGUGUUGACUACCUCACAGAAGUUUAUCGAGAAAGCUGACUCGAUACAUUUCGUGCCACACACUCAAAGAAAUAUUAGAAUGGCGUUGCCAGACGUCCCGAUUUUUCAAUCAAAAUUAAAUGUCCCGUGCGGGACAGGCUAUAUUCCGCUUCUCGGGAAUAACUCGAGCGUGCGUGCAGCGUACUGAGAAAGCGGGGGCGGGUGGCACAGACAAGUGUGGACUGGCCACCUGCCCGGCGCGUAAUGAAGAACUCUCAAACAAAGAACUAUUUAACGAUAGGGUAAAUCUGAUUUGAAAUAUCAUAUUAUUGUUUUUAUUAAAAUACAUUUUCUAUGGAUAUUUUUACUAGGUACCUAUCUAUUGUCACGUAAACGUAAUCUGAACUCAAAUAAAAAUAUAAAUAUUCAAAAACUUUUGAUUAUAUACGUUUUUUUACUAUGUCCCGCUUUCGACGAAAGAAUCCCGCUUUUUUCACUAAAAAAGUUUCUAAAUCCCGACUUCGCAAAGAAAAAAUCUGGCAACGCUUGUCAUAGAAAUCUAAUGAAAAAAAACCUUCACUGAAAUGGGAGAACGUAAAAAGAAAAUUUAUAUGACAUCAUUCAUUGCAUCUCUCUUUCUAUAACUUCAACGAUUUUUCUUUUUUAAUCUGUAUUUAUAUUUAAACCAUGGAACUAAUAAGUACUACGUACAACUGGAAUGCUC